AUGCACGUCUACACCAUCGACCAAAUUCUCGAACUGCGGUCGCUCUACCCGGAGCCACCGUACCCCGGCUUUUCACUUGAGGAGGCUUGCCGCAGAAAGAAGCAAACACAGACGAAACUGGUGCGUGGACCCAACGCAUGGGCCGCGCGUGGAUCGGCAAAAACCACAGCUGAGUGGGUCGAGCGCCUCGUCUACGGGUCAUUAAAUAAGCUGAGUGCGGCUAAUUUCAACGAGAUAGUCUCGCAACUUCAGACAAAUACCAUAUUUUCUUCAGAUGAGAUGCUUAAGAAGACGGUUUCGAUUAUCUUUAAUAAAGCGCUAGGGGAGCCUGAAAACAGUAACGUCUAUGCAGGUCUGUGCUACAAGCUUGCGGAAUAUGAAGUAAGUCUCAACGUCGUACAGAAACAGAAGGAGGGCAAGAGACUGUCAAAGUUGCGCAAUGCCGUUGUCGGGAUCGCGCAGACGGAGUUUCAAAACCGCCGGAAUGUUCCUUCAUCGGAGGGACUCUCUGAAGAGGAGGUGGAGCAGCAAAGGUCGUCCUUCAUGAGACGCAAGGUAGCAAACAUGCGAUUCAUUGGAGAGCUCUUCCUGCACAAAGUUCUUUCACACAGUACAAUGAUGGAUAUUAUCAACAUCAUUAUGCAACCUGAAAAAGGGGGUUACCCGGCGAGCGAAGACCUCGAGUUUCUCACGGUGCUCUUCACUAUUGUUGGCAAGAGCCUUGACUCCAUCGCUGAACUCCGACCGAAAUUGGAUGCCUAUUUUAAGGUUCUGGAGGGCCUAAAAGACCAGAAGAUUUACCCUCCUCGCAUAUGCUUCAAAAUGUUGGACCUCAUAGAGUUACGGCGUGAUCGUAACUGGGAGUCGCGCGAGACUGUAAUGCCGAAAACGUCCGCUGCGACACAGAAAGAACCACCUCGUGCCUCUGACAGGGCUGUGCGUUCCUCAACGACGCCGAACUCGAGUAACGCAAGCAGUAGCGGAUCGAAGAAAGGGAAGGGUGCGGGUCCGUGUGACUCUGCACUGGGCCAGCGAGCAGCGGCUUCAACGGUGGGAAAAGAUGCGCGAGAGGGAUUGAAGUCGCGUGCUUGGCGAGAUGUUGUGAAGUCGGAGAUAGUGGCGUGUGAUGAUCACGAGAUGACCGUUACGGAGUCUGUGGCUUUUGAGGAACGUGUACGUUCGCUUUUUCAGGAGUGGCUAAGUGGCUACAGAACCGGGUGCCUGCCCAAUUGGCAGGAGGAAUUCCGUGAUUGUGGGGCCCGACCGAUACCUGACAUGGACCUUCCCACGGCAGUGGCGGCCCAGGUGGUGCGGGAGGCCUGUAUGACGACGAGGAAGGAUGCUCAGUGUGAAGCCAGCAGACUUAUGGUUAUCGGCCUGUUUUUGGAGGAUGAUCAGGUGUUUAACGGGUUUGCCGCCGCUCUUUCCUCAGCCAUUGAAGAGGGAAUACUUGAGGAUGUACCGAAGUUUAGCGAACGCUUCGCCAACAUGCUGAGGUUCACUUCUGGCGACGAUGUGAAGACGGAUGUGUACUACGACGCGGUGCGAGUUCUAUGCACGGCGUAUGGUAUGCUGCGUGACCCAGAUGAAAUGUCUCUCAGCACUUUGAUGGAGUUCUGGGGCAAAAUACCUCCUCCUGAGAAGAAAGAGGAUGCCAUAUUUUCAUUGCCUGUGGUGCAGUCGUUGGUAACAAUGACGAAACUUGGGAGGGCACAGAUUACCGGGCACAUCAUUUCCUCAUUGCAUGCUAACGGUCUCGUGGACGACGCAACACUGCAUGAGUGGCUUGGGACUCCCGGAGGAGAGGUUGACGCUGAAGUAAAAGAUGCUUUCAGGAAGGCUACAGUUGGGAAGGGGACCUUGACUUGA